AUCCACUUUGACCACAGCACCAGGUGUCACGGUGAUUGACAUGUGGUUCCUUGUUUGUGAUUAAAAAAAGAAAAAAAGAUAUGGUUUACAUAAUUACAUGUCAUCCAAAAAAAGAAAAAAAAAAUCCCUCGUUGACCAAUUUAAUUUGCGUGUUUGACUUAUUCGUUUCACAACGUUAGAUUAGUGGCAUCUAAUUGACUGAUUCCGUUACCCUUAUCUCCACUUGAAACAACCAACCACCACCACAACUACCACAAAACUCUCUCAAUGGAGGCGAUAUCAACCACCGUUCCAUCUAUCAACGUCCGUAAACUCCACCCCAAACCCCACCACCUCCGCCACCUCAAACCCCCCCUUCAUCUCCACCACCACCCCAUCUCCGUCGCCGGAAAACCCCCUACUUCAAUCUCAACCAAACCCACCACCCCCUCCCACCACACCUACACCCCACACCACCUCCACCCACCCCCAUCUCGCACCCAGACCCAUCAUCGCAACGCCGCCACGGGGUACGCGGCGGCGCUCAUGGACGCGGCCCUGAGCAGCAACUCAUUAGAUGCGGUUUACAAGGAUGUGAAAAGGUUGUUGAAGUGGCUGCAAUGUAAUGAAACGUUGAAGGGUGUGAUGGCUGACCCUUUGGUGGAAGAGGGUGUGAAAGGGAGGGUGGUGAAAGAGGUGGCGGAGAAGGGGAAGUUGCGACGGCAGGUGGUGGCGAUGGUGAAGAUGCUGGUGGCGAAGAGUAAAGCUGGGAUGGUGGUGCAGGUGAUGGAGGAGUUUGAAGGGAUUUAUUAUCAGCUUAAUACUGGUUUAAGGGUUGUUGCUUGAUUAAUAUUAAUGAAGUGUUACACUGUUACUGUUUGUUUGGGAUUGUGUAUGUAAUCUGUUUAUUGUUUUAUUAGUGAGUUCUUGUUUGAAACUUACUAGUUCAAAGAAAAAAUAAUUAGCAUGGGUUUCAAUGGGUA